UUGGUAACUCAGCUUAUUUUCAGGCUUUUAAAAAAGCUGCCCCAGCUUCUGUCUAAAAGCAGAAGCUGGCUCCCCCCAGCUUUUAAAAGCCAGAAGCUCGGUCGGGGCACUGUAGCGGUAAUACUGUUCAUUAAUGAAUUUUUCAAAAUCCCGUUUUGUAUCCUCCGUUGGCUGAAACAAUUACAGCCAUCUGCCACCCACCCUCUACCAGUCUCUCGAUCCCAUCUCCCAUCUCCCUCAGCUCUCUCUCCCACUCCCAUCUCCCAUCUCCCAUCUCCCUCAGCUCUCUCUCCCACUCCCAUCUCCCUCCGCUCGAUCUCCGCUCUAUCUCCGCUCGAUCUCCGCUCGAUCUCCCCUCUAUCAGUCUGCUCGAUCUCCGCUCGAUCUCAAAAGUAUCUCCGCUCGAUCUCCGCUCGAUCUCCUCUGCUCGAUCUCCGCUCGAUCUCCUCUGCUCGAUCUCUGCUCGAUCUCCUCUGCUCGUUCUCCCUCUGUUCGAUCUCCCUCUCACAGAACCCAUCCAAUCACAGAACGCAUCUCGGCCUCACUUGCAUCUGAAAUUGAAGCCUCAAUCAAGCAAUUUUCGAAUCAAGCAAAUGGCUGUUUGGAAUGAUGGUUUAGUAGAUGUCUUUUGUGACAUAUGUAUCAAGGAGGUGGAUAACAAUAAUCGUCCACAUACUCAUUUUAAUCCGGAGGGAUGGGUGAAUAUAAUCAAUAAUUUUUCUAAAGAAACGGGCAAAGAAUAUACUAGAAAACAACUGAAAAAUAAAUGGGAUUCCCUCAAAGAUCAUUGGAAAUUAUGGAAAGAUUUGAAGGGAAAAGAGACCGGUCUUGGGUGGGAUCACAGGCGUCAAACUAUAGAUGCAUCCGAUGAGUGGUGGCGCCUCAAGAUUGAGAAAAACAAGGAAUAUGGAAAGUUAAAGAAAAAGGGAAUUGCACCCGAUUUUGAAGACAAGUUGGAUAAGAUGUUCAUGGGUAUUUCAGCCAGUGGGAAGCAUGCAUAUUCACCAUCUUCUACACUACCUAUCCCUAGAAGUCCACAACAAGGUAACAAUGAGGUGAACCUUGAAGGUAGUGGUGACUCUGAGGACAAUGAUGAGUUGGCCCCCACUCUGCCUAAAAGAAAAAGAAAUGAGAGAGCUGAGAAAGGUAAAGGAGUAGUACCAAAAAGAGAAAAGGUGGGAGGUGCUGCUCAUUUGGCUAAACAAAUUAAUCGAAUGUGUGAGGCAAUUGAGAGUAGGAGCACAGCAACUUCCAUGGUCCAUAAAAGUGUAGAAGGUGGAGGCACGAGUAUUAAGGACGUGAUGAAGGAUGUCACCUCAUUGCCUGGUAUCGAGCAGGGUAAUAGUUUGUGGUUUUUUGCCACUCGACUGUUUUUAAGUGGAGAGAAGAGGGAGAUGUAUUUCACUAUGGAAGAUCCUAACGUGAGGUUGGAGUGGCUGAAAUUUGAGAUGAACCAAAAAUAAGCUUAUCUUGUCUUUGGUUAAGCUUAUGUUAUAUUUGAAGUUUUAUGUUUGUUGUUUGUUUCGGCAUGUUUUUAAUUAUGAGAAUUGAAUUUGAUUACAUGUUUUUCAGCCCAGCCAUAUUCAUUGGUGGGUUUGAUUAUGAGAAUUGAAUUUGAUUACA